AUGUUGUCCAGAUAUAUUAUUCGCUUUGGCCGUAGCAAUCUAAGGUGCUUCUCACAAGCUGCUCAAGCAGCCCAAGCAGCCCAGCCAGCCCAAGCAGCUCCAAGCAAACCAGAAAGCUCCGCAGAAUCUCUAAUUGGCAAAGGAUCUUCUAAUUUCUCCAAAAAAGUAUUUUAAUAAAUUUAGAUUAAAUGAAAAUCAAAAAAAUCAAUUUUAAGUAAAAUUUUUUAUUGGCAAAGUCAAAGCCGAAAUCACUAAGGACUUCCACGUCGUCGACUUCAAAAAUGUCCCAGCCUUUACUCUUGGCAACUUUAGCGAACGGAUGGAGACAGCUCUUAUCGAUUUGCUCAACGGUCUACGAGGUCUUCAGGGCGGAAAAGGCGCAGUCAACUUCAUUGAAAACAUCCAAGUUUACAGCUUCUUGGAGUAUCAGCCUUUAUCCAAUGCAGCCAAGGUAGAAUCUCUUGGAAACAAUCAAUUCAAAGUCAGCGUUUUUGACCCAGCCAACGCUCCUCAAGUAGAACUCGCCAUAAAGAAAUCUCCUUUUAAGCUUCAAGCUCAGAGAAACCUUGACGUUAUUACUGUGACUAUGACUCCUGAUAAAGAAAACACCCUCAAGGCAGCUGAAAGCUUAGCUGAGGAGACAAGAAAAAAAAUCACUGCAGUUUACCAAGAAGGACUUCAAAGAUUUAAAGGAAGAGACCCUAAUGGCGAAAGAUCAAUGGAGAUCUUGAAGGAAAAAAACCUGCAGCAAGUUGAUAAGUUGUUGGCCAAAAAACAAGACCAAUUUAAGUAA